GGGAGAGAGGGGGAUGAGACUGAGGGAUUCAAACAUUCCCAUUCAAAGCACCAGCACCACCCACUCACUCCAGCGCUCGAUGAUGACAUGAACCAUUCAGGCAUCACGGGGGUUCCAGUGGUGACAGUUGGCUCAGGCCGAGAGCGGGACGACGUUGACGCUGACUGCAAACUUUACCGAAACUUUGGUUUUCCCCCGAAAGAAACUCACGGUUAAUGUUAGAAAAUGUUCGGAGACUCGUGGUCGCAUUCAGCGGACCUUCAAGAGGCCGCAGCUUCUUCUAUACAGUUUGACAAAAGGGAUCGUGUUCAUGGUCAACGUAACACGACAGGAGAUAUUAAUGGCAACCUCGUGCCGGAAAAGGCUAGGAGUGGAGACUGGAAAGGAGAGGGGGACAAAGUGAACCUGGCUGAGGAGUCUCUGUUGAAUAAAAUGAUUCGCCACGCUCUGGUGAGGAACAGAAACGAGGUGGAGGUCCUGCAGGCGGACCCCACCUCCCCACUGUACUCCGUGAAGACGUUUGAGGAGCUGAGACUGAAACCUGAGCUGCUGAAGGGUGUGUACAACAUGGGCUUCAAUAGACCAUCCAGAAUUCAGGAAUGUGCCUUACCUAUGAUGCUGGCACAACCACCUCAGAAUCUGAUCGCACAGGCACAGUCUGGCACAGGGAAAACUGCUGCUUUUUCUCUGGCCAUGCUCAGCCAUGUAAACCCUGCCAAUAAGUGGACUCAGUGCCUCUGUAUCUCGCCAACGUACGAGCUUGCACUGCAGAUCGGUCAAGUAAUUGAGCAAAUGGGGAAGUUCUGUCCAGAUGUGAAAGUGCAAUACGCCAUUCGUGGGAACAGAAUGCAGCGAGGCGUUCAGCUGCAGGAUCACAUUGUCAUUGGAACACCGGGCACACUACUUGACUGGUGCACAAAGUACAAGCACAUUGACCCCAAGAAAAUUACUAUGUUUGUGCUGGACGAGGCUGAUGUGAUGAUUGCCACGCAGGGUCAUCAAGACCAGAGCCUCCGCAUCUAUCGACAGCUGACAAAGGACUGUCAGAUGCUCCUUUUCUCUGCAACCUUUGAGGACUCUGUGUGGAGGUUUGCAGAGCGAGUGGUUCCUGACCCCAAUAUCAUCAAGCUGAAGCGGGAAGAGGAGACGCUGGAUAACAUUAAACAGUUCUAUGUGGACUGUAAGGACAAGGACGAAAAGUUCACAGCCCUCUGUGACCUGUAUGGGUGUCUUACCGUAGCACAGGCCAUGAUCUUCUGCCAUACUCGCAUGAUGGCUUCUUGGCUGGUUGAACAGCUGUGCAAAGAAGGACAUCAGGUGGCAAUGCUGAGUGGGCUACUGACGGUGGAGCAGAGAGCUGCUGUCAUAGAACGCUUCAGGAGCGGCAAAGAGAAGGUGCUUGUGACCACAAAUGUGUGCUCCAGAGGUAUAGAUGUGGAGCAGGUGUCGCUGGUGGUCAACUUUGACCUCCCUGUGGACUUUGACGGGAAUGCGGACAGUGAAACGUACCUCCACCGGAUUGGCCGCACAGGACGCUUUGGCAGACAAGGGUUUGCCGUCAAUAUGGUGGACAGCAAGCACAGCAUGGAUAUUAUCAACCAAAUUGAGAUGCAUUUCAACAGGAAAAUCAGAAAACUUGACACACACAAUCUUGAAGAAAUGGAGAGCCUGUCGACCUGAAUUCUUUGCUACAUACACUGCCUGCAACAGAAGCAGUUACCUCAAAUAUGACUUGAGUUCUUUCAAGGGUUCAUUGUUUGUAAUUUAUUGUUUACAGAUGCAUGCAAAUGUGGGUUUGCUAAACUUAUUUUACGGCAGUAUCUUGAGCCAAUUUUUUCACUUUUUGCAUUUGUCUGAUUUUGAUUGUUGUUCAUUUGUCACCUUAUAGCUUUAAGCGGUGUCUCUACCGUAGACUAACUGCUAGCUGUUAAAACAGCAUGUAAGAGGUGUGAUUAUGGUUUGUAGUGUUGUAUUUGAUCAUUAUUAUUAUUAAUGCUGGGUUCAAAGAAUGUUACCUCUGUAAAUAUUUGCAUGUUUCUUCGAGGGUGAGUGGAUAUUCUUGAAUAACUUGAAGCAUUUGAAGGUUUAAAAUGUCUGUUUCAGCUGAGAGGGAGUUGACUGUUAGUUUGUUGAAAACUUAAUUUGGUGUGAUAUCAGACUGUGAAGUCAGAGCUGUUCCAUCAUUUUGUGACUCCAUUCAAUUGGAUAAAAUAUAAAAGCUGAGUGUUUGGUGCAUGUUGAACACAGUUUUCGCCUUUCUGAACUGCACAUUUUCUCUAUCUGUGAUAACAACUGAACACUUGCAAAUACAGUUUUGAUUAAAUCUAGCUUCCAUGCUUCAUACUUAGAAAUCAG